CAUUCAAGUCACUACAUUCACUGAAAUUCAGUGGCUCUAGCUCUCGUCUUCUCCCUAUCAUAUGGUGGGCACAAGGCGAAAAAGCAAGGCAGCAGCUGCCGCUGCCGUUCAGCACGACCACGACGGGGCAUCUACCCAAGGCACAGACGAGUUUCAUCCACCACCACUAUUCAGCGUCCCAAUACCUACCGACAUUGAUGUCGAGGCCCUUUCAAGCUUGAUACGGAUACAAGAUGUCUCAUUUGCUACGCCAACCCCGGAUACGAUAGUAUCUGUCUACAGAUUGCUACUCGAAAAAGUCGCAGAAACUAAUACCACUCAACGGGACCUCGAGGACGCGAGAGCCGAGGUAGAUCGUAGAGAAGUCGAAUUAGACCAGGCUUAUCAAGACGGGGAGAACAAGGCCAAUGCCCUUGAAAUUUCGCUUGAAAAUGUUCAGAGCCAGCUUGCAGCCGCGAGGCACGAAAAGGAGCAAUUGGCUGCAUCGAAGAGUAGUCUAGAAGCACAGAUUUCAAAUCUUAGCACGUCGCAAUCUACCUCGUCGACCGAACUCGAUCAAUUGAAACACCGCGUCGAGGACUCUGAACGCGAAAAACGUGACCUCAUUGGUGUGGUAAAUAGAUUGAAGGAGGAUGCAACUCAGCGCGACGAUGAGGUGCAAAGCUUACGCAACAGCCUCCGACAAGCACGUCAAGAACACCAAAUGCAGGAAACUCAAGUCCGCGAGCUUCGCUCAUCAGAAACAUCCAACAAGUUCAAGAUCGACUCCCUGACGCAGCAAUUCCAACUCGCACAAUCCGAAGUCGAGCGUGCUACCGCCGAGUUAUCCUUCAAAAUCGAAGAACACGCCAAAUACCGACGCACGAAACAUGCUGAGUUCGCGACUCUGCAGGGCGCACACGACGCACUCACUCAACAACACUCAGCAUCGGAGAGUGCAUUCAAGGCACUCCAGAGCGCGCACUCAUCACAGGCUCAUCAACUCACGCAGUCUCUUGCACGCGUGCAGGAUCUGACUGGACAGCUCGCAGAACAGGAAGCAGCGUUCACCAGUGAAGCAUCCGGACUGCGACGACUCGUAAACAUCAUGGAAGAGCGUGAGAAACAAGCGAAGGAGAUCGUUGAAGGCAUUGAACGCGAGUGGGCAGGUGUUGGAGAACGUGCGGAACGACGCGAGGCAGCUCUGCAAGCCGAAGUCGAGAAGGAGAAACGGGCUCGAGAAGAGGCGGAGCGCAGGGUGGACCAACUUGAGACAGUCGUAGAGCGCAUGAACCGUGGCGAGUUGCCUGUCGCCACCCGCGGAACGCCCGUUCCAGGAACUCCAGCCACGCCCGCCCGUAACCUUGCGCAAGAGUCCAGAAUGGAGGGUAUCCUCGGUCUGAGCCCGACGGUCGCAAUGGUCAGCAGGGCGCAGAAGACUGGCAAGACGUUCACCGAGGUUUACGCCGACUACGUACGCUUGCAAGACGAACUAGCGAAGAAGUCAUCCGAGUAUGACCACAUGGACAGAACUCUGUCUGCAGUGUUAGCUCAGAUUGAAGAACGGGCCCCCAUUCUGUCGCAACAACGGGAAGAGUAUGACCGCCUGCAAUCUGAGGCUGCACAACUUGCCUCGCAACUCUCAACAGCGCUUGCCGAACGUGAAGCUAACGCAAAUGCAUUCCAAGAAGCCUCGCAGAAGUUGAAGAAGUCCCACUCAGAGAACGAACUUUUGCAACGACAACUGGAUGACCUUGGUCGUCAAGUACAGACUCUGCUUAAGGAUCUCGAGCGACGCGCAGACCCGUCUUUGCCCACGGACGCGGAGAUGGAAGAUAUGGAGCCCCUACCAGCUGAAAAUAUCGACGCCGUCAUCACGAAUAACCUCGUACUCUUCCGCAGCAUUGGUGGGUUGCAAGAUCAGAACCAGAAGCUACUCAAGAUCGUACGUGAACUCGGCGCAAAAAUGGAGGCUGAAGAGCGGGAGUACCGUGAAGCUCUUGAGCAAGAGCAGAGUGAAGCUGUGAGAGAGGCACACGAGGCAAUUCAGGAUCUGGCCACACAACUUGAGAGACAGAAGAAGAGCAGCGACAUGACUAUCCAGGCGUACAUGAAGGAGCGAGAUGCGUUGAAGGCCAUGCUUGCGCGGGCUGAGCGUUCAGGACCGCAUGCGGGCCUUAACGGCGAUGUUAACGGCGUUGCUGGGCCAAUCCAAAAUGAUCUAGCUGCGGAACUUGAAGAUGUGCAAUCUCAGUUUGAGGCUUACAAGGCCGAGAUGGGCAUGGACUCUGUGAAGCUUCGAGAGGAGUUACAGCAAGCGCAUCGCGAACUCGGGCAGGUCAAUGUUACGCUUGCCAAGGCGAAUGCAAAGAUCGAAUAUCUCACUGACCGCCACCGUAUGAGCCAAGACGAAACUGCCUUACAUACCCGCGAUCUCGACAGCUUGACGAAGCGUAAUCAGCAGCUCUACGACCAAUACAUUCGGAUUGAUAUUGAAUGCAACCGAGCCCAGCAGGAGCUAUCGUUAGCUAACAGCCGCGUCGAGCAGUUGCGCAAUGAGAAUGCUAACCUGCGUGCAGAGAAGAAAAUAUGGGAGUCUGUCCAAGUCCGCCUAACGCAGGAGAACAAGACCCUUUCCGUGGAACGUUCUCACUUGUCUGACCUUAUGGCUAAUGUGCAGAGGAUGCACGGCGACCUUGAACGAUCGGGAGAAAAUGACCGCCGGCGUUUGGAGAGCCAAAUCCAGAUGAUGGAGGGCCAGACGCAAGACAUGAAAGUUCAACUCUCGCAAGAGCGUGACGCAGUCCGCCACGUCACGCUUCAGAAGGAUAUCGACCUAAAGGACCUACAAACCCGCUUGGACAAGACGACCGAACAGCUAUCUCAAGCUCGGGAGUCUCUCGUCGGUGCAGAAACCAGCAAAGUUCACCUCCAAGAACGCGUCGACCAGCUUACACGCCAGCUACAAGGUAACGAGGAGAAACUCGCCGUGUACGAACGUCGACCAUCAGUCGUCAAUGGCGCCGUUGCUGCUACUGAGCAAGACCUCCCUCGUGAGCAGCAACUCGAGCAAGAAGUCGCAGAAUUGCGGUCUGCGUUGAAGGUUGCUCAAGUCGAUCUCGCAGCUGCCCGUAGUCACAUGCAGCAAUUCCAAGAGAUCUCUCAAGCCAACGAAGUUGCUCUGUCCGCGCUGAAUGCUACGCACGAUCAAUACAAGACUGAGACUGAGGCGCAGAUUUCGAAGAAUGAGCUGGAGUACAAGUCGCUUCAAGAUAAACUACGCGGCAUUGAAGAUGACUUGCGACAGUCUGCUGGCAAGUUCUCUGAACUUCAACGCACGUUCGAGUCGGAGCGGCAGGUUUGGACCAGUGAUAAGAAGACCUUGGAGGAUACCAUCAUCGACCUUAGCACCUCUGAGAAGACCUCUGAGAGUGACCGCACUACUCGCGAGAAUGAAGUCCGCCAACAGGAGGAAAGAGCACUUGCCGCAGAAGAUAGAUACUCGCGCGAAGUCAUCGUUCAUGCGGAGUCGAUCAAGACCAUCGAGACCCUCAAACAGCAACUCACCGUCGCUCAGGCUACCUCUAGGGAGAACCUGGCAGAAGCUGCGAAUGCUCAAGCUAAGCUGGCAGCGUCUGAGGGCAGCUGGAAACAGCAGAAAGAGGCGUUGGACAAGGAAAUUACCGAUCUCAAUGCACGCUGCAAGGAUCUGGCAGCACAGAAUGCUCUUCUGCAUCAACAUCUCGAGACUGUCAGCACGCAAGCCACCCGCAUUCGUCAGGCUGCGGACUCAUCUACUACCGAGGCUACCGGUGACGCAGAUGUUGGUGGCGAUGUGGAUACGAAGGUGUCGGAGCUCAGAUCUGUGGUGGCUUACCUGCGCAAGGAGAAGGAGAUUGUUGAUCUCCAGCUCGAGCUCAGUAAACAGGAGAACGUUCGCUUGAAAGCUCAAAUCGAGCACCUGACUCAGAAUUUACAAGAAACCAGAGCGACUCUUGCUGAGGAGCGAGAACGGGCGAUGGAAGCGGCGACUUCAGAUGCCCAGCACGCUGAGAUGUUGGAGAGGAUCAAUCAGUUCAAUAUUCUUCGAGAAAGCAACGCCACCCUCCGCACUGACUGCGAGACUUAUGCUAAACGUUCUCGCGAGCUCGAUGUUAAAUUACAGGCGUUGUCUGCAGAGCUUGAACCCGCAAAGGAACAGGCUCGUGUUGCACAAGCAGAGCUCCGAGCUCGAGAUGCACAGAUCACGCGUCUUGAGGGUGAGAGCCGCCGUUGGCAAGAACGCAACGCGCAGUUGCUGAGCAAAUAUGACCGUACUGAUCCUGCUGAGAUUCAAACCUUGAAAGACGAAAUCGAAACUCUGAAGACUCAGAAAGCUGAUGCAGAGAAACUGGCUGCAGAGCGUGAAGAGCAAACAAAUAGUAUCCAAGCCCGGCUCACACUUCUCGAGACCAACUUCAGACGUCACAAGGAUAACAACACGAAGAGUGUAGACAGCUUCAAGAAUAGGCUUGGGUUCCUGAACACCCAAAAUUCUCAGCUCAAUGAUACCAUCAAACAGCUCGGGGGCGAAAUCAAGACCCUGACAGCCGAACGGGACGCAUUGCGCACCGCCUCGGCACCUGAUGCGUCGCAGCAGUUGAACUCCCAGUUGGAGACACUACGGCAAGAGAAGGCAUUUUUGGAGCAAGCGCUGGCAAACGAAAAAGCUGCGAAGGUCCAGGCACUUGCCGAAGGUUCAUCAGAUCAAGCCGUGCUCAUCGCUUCCCUCAAGGAGGAACGAGACAGACUUUUUGCAGAAAAGGAGGCUUUGAGCAAAGCUUCCGCAGCUGCACCUGGUCUACCUUCUGAUACUGCAAGCCCGUGGGAGUCGGAGAAGCUUGAACUCGUAAAGGCGCGAGAUGAGGCGUUGACGCGUGCAAAUGCGGCAGAAGAGUUGGCGAAAAAGGCAUCCGAAGACACCAGGAAUCUCCGUCAAUCCAACGAUAAAUUCCAGGCUAGGAUUCAGACAAUGCUCCAAGCCAGGGAAAGGGUGAACUCGGAGCAAGCUGCUGUCGUCUCCGCUGCUGUUGAGAAGGCGAAGAGUGAAAUAGCUGCAGGCAGUACUUCUGCAACCACCGAGGAACUCUCGAAAAAGCAUGCUCAAGAACUCGAGGCUCUGCGAGCUCAGCUGACUGCCCAGCACGAGACGGCCCUCAAGGCAGCAGUCCACGCUGCCAAAGCGGAGUCUGCUACUUCUUCUUCCGACGAGUCAACGAAAGCUGCUAUCGCUGCUGCCAUCGCUGCUCAUGACGCAGAGCUCCAAGUUCGACAUCGCGCGGAAUUGGAUGCGGCGACCGAGGGAGGUAGAUUAGAACAAUCGACGAAGCUUAAGAUCAAAGAUAGUCAGCUUAUUCGCUCUCAAGCCAGGCUCAAGGACCUGGAAGCGCAAGUGUUGGAGUGGCGAAAGAUUGGUUUGAUACCCGAGGCUCCGCCACCGCAAACACCCACAGCGUCGACCUCCAAGGCACCACCCGCCCCAGCUACUGUUGCAGCCUCUACUUCACAACCAGCUACCGCCCCCACUCAAUCAGCAACUGCACCAAGUGCAACGCCUGUGAGGCCUGUCGCCUCAGCCCCAGCAGGUCAACCUGCAGCUGCUAGUGGAGAAAAACUGCCCACCAGCGGUGCGGUGUCACUUGGCGUCCCCAGAGGUGGCCGAGGCAGAGUUGCACCGCGCGGCGCUGGGAGAGGUAUCACUAUCCGAGGUGCAGCUCCUGGUCGGGGUGGCGCUCCACCCCCAACUGCAGCUACCUCCAGUACUACCUCCAGCACUGCAGGGGUGUCUAUCAUCGGCGCAGCUAGCAAGCGGAGUCGAGAAGAAGAUCUAGCUGCCCCUGAUUCUCUGGCGAAGCGGAUAAAGCCUGCAGCGGAGACCAUCACCGCUCCAAAACCCCCUGUUAUUCUCCGUCGCCAGCCUCCACCAUAGCUUGACUCGCAGUAGUGUAGUACGGACUUGCAUUCCAUCAUGACUUAUGUAUCAAUAUCCCACUUGUCGAUUCACAAUU